CAAAGACCUUACUAAGCCUCUAGGGGAUACAGGUACAACCUCUAAUCACAGGACUAGGCUCACAAAGCCUUCACCUCACACUUCAGGAGGGCAACAGCAGAAGGCAGAUCAACAUGGAAAGACAAACCAGCAUUAGAUUUCAUCCUGUGUUAGAAGACCAAAGAGAAGUAGAUGAGGAUGUUCUUCAAAGCCCGCCCCAGAGGGAAUACAAUAGAGAACAACCCAUCAUCUCCAGGGUGAGCAUGAUGUUCACUUCUCGUCCAGAAAUGGAAGAGGACAACAGCUGCUCCAGCCUUUCUCCACCGAUUAAGGAACCCCCAAAGCAACAAGAUUCCACUGCUCCACAACAGAACUCUGAAUUACUGGAAAAUCCACAUGCCCUACUUCUGCUGCUGCGCCAGAGAGAUUUAGAAAUCAAGGGGCUGAAAAAUGCUGCCCAGAAGGAUCCUUACAACCGGCUUGGGUGUAUUUUGCAGGAGAUUGUGAAGCCAACACAGAAAGGACCACCAAAGAAAAGCCCAACCGAAGUUGCUCUUCAGGAAGAAGUGAACCAAUUGAAUGAGGAACUGAAAGCAAUCAAGAAUGAUAAUGAGAAGAAAAUCAAAGAGCUGGAAAACAAACUUGUACAAUCGAAACUACAUGUCCUGCACUUACAAAAGACAGUGAGGGCCCUGUCAGCAAAGUCAGAUGAAGAAAUAGACACUGACUCCACCUUGUCUCUGGAUGAAAGGACAAAAUUAGCAUAUGAAACCUUUGAGCUCUGGUCUGAGACAGGAAACAGAGUAACAUCAGACACCAGUGAUCUAAGACUUCGGAGAGUUCCAAAGCACACCAGCUUUGUUGAUGCCUUUCACAAGUUUGGAAGUGUUGUGAUGUCUGAGGAAGACAAAAAAGAAAUACUUUCUAAAUUAGAGGCGGUUGCAGAGAAAGCAUGCACUUCUGGCACCACAGAUGAAAGUUCCUUGGGAAGCUCAAGAACAGAUAGUCAGCUUCCCUCUGAACAAUCCUCGUGGACCAUCAUCCCAUCUCAGAAAUCAGUAGUUAUCAGUUCAUCCGUCAGUGAGACCAAAAUGACAGAAUCUUCUAAGAGUGUGCCAUCAUCCAUGGAGACAACUCAGCAAGAGAAGAAUGUCCAUGUCCUGGAUCCUUGGCACCUUGCUCAGGCUGGCCUUACUCUUGGACAACUCUCAGAUGGAGAAAAGAGAGCCUAUUCUGUGCCUUCCGUAGAAGGAUGCAAAAGAUGUCGUUCUGUCACAGGCUCUCUAAAAAUUGUCAGUGUACAUCGUAAGGGCAAAUUUGUCCGAAUCUUCAACGCACUGUUGACCAAGGAGGUAGACCUUAGUGGCUACAUCAUUCAGCAAUGGGUUGGAGGAUAUCCAGUGUCCGUCUAUCGCUUCCCACGUGGCACCAUUCUACCUGCACAACACCAUAUCACUGUCUGGGCUGCCGUAGCAAACCUUGCGCAUGAGCAACCUUCAGACCCAUUGUCAGGCCCACGUUUUUUCAGAGCAGGCCCUGAAUGUGUUACUGUUCUCUGUGAUCACAGUGGCCAGGUUGUGUCACAACAUACAAAUCCUCACCAAUUCACGGCAACUGCAGAGGCCUACAGUGACAAUGUGGACCUUUCCAUAGACAAAUUUCCGCUCAACAAUGAUGAGGAUGAUGAGAAUGACUCCUCCAGGAUAGAUGUGUCUUUUUCUAAACAGAAUCGCAGCAAGAAGGCAGAUUCAGGGAUCUUGGUGAAGAGAAGGUACUCAAGACAUUUUUCCAUUGAUGCUUCAGCAACUACCAAAACUUCAAGUGGCCGUUCUACUGGAACCAAGGCAAAAAUCAAAGAUACAAGUAGAGAGUCUACUGGCUCAUUUUUGUAUUCCUCAAAACCUCCAUCACGCUCAGCCAGUGAAACUCCUUCUUCUUCCAGCGAGGGAGAUUAUUUUGCUUAUCGCUCAUGGAAACCUCUCGUUCAGGAACCAGAAGCCAGAGAGUUCAAGACGACGCUGGACACUACCCUUCCUAUUGUGUCUUUGAUAGGACAAAAGAGUGCUCGCUCAAGAUACGGAUUCAAGUACAUGACUUACCUACCUACCACCACCGAUCUGCACCUAAGGCGGUACUGUCCCGCUAGGUGACAUGUUGAAGAAGGAUGGCACAAGAAGCUUGUCUGACUUCUUUAAAUACACCACACAAUCCUGCCAUUUGUUUU